GACAUCUGAAUCUGAUCUCAUCAGUAAGAUAUCUGGGGGUUUUUUUUGAAGGCGAGUUAGUGAGUGAGCAAGAGAUAGAUCGAGGUAGCAUGGGUUCGACAGAGAGGGAGCCACUGAUACAGCAGCAGAAUGGGGCCGGGGCCGCGGUGGUGGCGGCCGGCACGAGAAUGUCAGGGGACGAGGUGGAGGAGAUGCUGGAGAAAGGGGGGAUAAGAUUGGGAGGGUGGGUGAGGCUUGUGGGGUGGGAGUCUAAGAUUUUGUGGCAUCUCUCUGGGGCUUCCAUAGUGGUUUCUUUGUUCACUUACAUGCUCACCUUUGCCACUCUCAAGUUCACCGGCGACCUCGGCACCGUCGCUCUCGCCGGAGCCUCCAUUGCCAGUGUUGGAAUUCAAGGUCUUGCUUAUGGGAUCAUGAUAGGUAUGGCUAGUGCAGUGCAAACGGUAUGUGGACAAGCAUAUGGAGCUAAGAGAUACAAAGCACUGGGCAUUAUAUGCCAAAGAGCAAUUGUAUUGCACUUAGGAGCAGCAUUUCUACUCACAUUCUUGUACUGGUUUUCAGGCCCAAUUCUCAAGGCCAUGGGCCAGGCCGAAGACAUAGCCGAACAAGGCCAAGUCUUUGCCCAUGGGAUCAUCCCUCAGUUAUAUGCAUUUGCAUUGAGCUGCCCGAUGCAAAGGUUCUUGCAGGCCCAAAACAUAGUGAACCCAUUGGCCUAUAUGUCUGUGGGAGUGUUCUUGCUGCACAUAUUGCUCUCUUGGCUUGUGGUUUAUGUUUGGGGCCUUGGCCUUCUUGGGGCUGCUUUGACUCUUAGCUUUUCUUGGUGGCUUUUUGUGUUGAUCAAUGGGCUUUACAUUGUUUUUAGCCCAUCUUGUAAAGAGACUUGGCCCGGGUUCUCCAUAAAAGCCUUCUCUGGAAUCUGGCCUUACUUUAAACUCACCGCUGCUUCUGCUGUUAUGCUUGCUUUGGAGAUAUGGUACAGCCAGGGAUUAGUGCUCUUAUCGGGACUUCUACCAAACCCAACGGUUUCACUGGAUUCUAUUUCCAUAUGUAUGAACUACUGGAACUGGGACAUGAACUUCAUGCUAGGUCUGUGCGCAGCCACCAGUGUAAGAGUGAGUAAUGAACUGGGAGCAGCUCAUCCAAAACUGGCAAGAUUCGCAGUGAUAGUGGUGAACGGCACAAGCUUGGCGAUAAGCAUAGUUUUCUGCGCACUAAUUCUGAUAUUUAGGGUUGAAAUGAGCAAACUCUUCACUACUAAUACUGCUGUCAUUCACGCUGUCUCCAAUCUCACCCCUUUGCUUGCCAUCUCGGUCCUUUUGAAUGGCAUUCAACCUAUACUCUCAGGAGUUGCAAUUGGAAGUGGAUGGCAGGGUGCAGUGGCUUAUGUAAAUUUGGUUUGUUAUUAUGUGAUUGGUCUUCCCAUUGGCAUUGUUCUUGGCUUCAAGACCAGUUUGGGAGUAGCAGGCAUGUGGUGGGGCAUGAUCGCCGGUAUAUUUUUUCAGACUGCGAUUCUUAUCAUACUUACCGCCAGAACAAAUUGGAAUGUUGAGGUUGAAAAGGCAGUUACUCGAGUGAAGAGAUCAGAAGAAGAAGAAAAAUUGGAUUUGAUUGAUGAUAUAUAGCGGCUACGAUUUUCAUCUUAAUCUUUGUUAUAAUUAAUGUAUUUUUUUGAAUAUACCAAUUAAUUUUUGGAUGGUGUUCGUUGAUUGGAUGAUUUUAUUACUCUCACAACAUUCUAGUUUGCUAUAAUUACACAGUUCCUCUCUAUUUUAAAAA